UUUGCCCAAGUAGAUUGCGCUACAUACAAAUGAAUUGAACUGACUUGCAACGCGAACCUAUUCUUGGUCGCACCAUUGAGGAUUUAGGGUCGUCUCCCACGCGAUCAGGUCUGAGGGGUCGGGGCGUCCACGCGUCCCACGGUCGUCUCCCCGGUGGCCUCAUUCGUGGUCCACGCAGUCUCAAUUAUAAAAUUGAUAAUUGGGGAUUAUAGCCUACCAAAAUUUUCCAGCAUUGCAAGUGACUCCACAGUGACUGGGCUGCAUUUGCAUAGUCCAAGGAAUUGACAAGCCGGGCCCUGUCAAAUGCCACGAUUAGAGCCCGUCGACGAGCGCAAUGCUUGCACCCUUUCCGGUUCAGUGCCUCACUCGUGGUGACGAGCUCGUCCUAGACGCAAAGCAUGUGCCUGCCCAGCCCGAGCGCCACCUCAGGCCUGAGCGCCGCUGCUGCGUACGCCUCCGUGGCCCUGCGGAAUCUCGCCCAGUCGUCCACCCACUUCUUCUCAGGGCUGCGGCCGACGUCCGGCGCUGACGACGCCGAAGAGCCUGGCUCCGAGGCCGGCCCCGCGGCUCCCGGCGCCGGCGGCUCGUCGGGCGGCCGCAGAGCAGGCGGCCGGGUCAGCGCCGCGGCAAUCGGCGUGGAGCCUAACGCCCGACCGCCUGCUCUUCGGCCGCCCGAAGUGCCGCCGGCGCCGGGAGCCGCGGGGCCGGCCUCGGAGCCAGACUCUUCGGCGUCGUCAGCGCCGGACGUCGGCCGCAGCCCUCAGAAGAAGUGGGUUGACGACUGGGCGAGAUUCCGCAAGGCUGAGGAGGCGUAUCUGGGCCAGUUGAGGGAGCAGCUCCAUCGGGCACAGUUGCAAGCUGCUGAGGAGUGGGGGCGGGCUCAGGCGCAGCGGGAGACGGCAGCGGCGGCGCCGGCCCCCAAAAGCUGGUGCUGGCCCUGGCGCUGAUGGCCCCCCGGCCCCAGGUGGCUGCAGGCCAGACGAACCCGCUGUGGCCGCGGGAGCUCCCUACCCCCUACCCGCCUUGGUGCCCUCCCCCCCACCGCUGGGUAUCGUGCCGGCCCCGCUGGCGCCCUGCCGGGCAGCGCCCCUGCCCGCUGGCGCUCCGCUGUCCAUGGCUUCGCGGCGACGCCCAACGGGUGGUGGGAAUGGCAUGCGUGGCAGAUUAGGCCGUGCGAGGGACGGGCGUGGCGGAUUCAGGGAUGGCGACGUGUUGCUGAGGCGACGUGCGGCCCACGUGCCGGCGAUGGCAGUAUCAGCGGUGGCAGGGUGGGGCGUGGGGCGGCUGGGGUGGCUGAGUCUGGCCGCAGCCGUGGGCAGUCUCAGGAUGGGUGCAUGCAUCGUGGGUGCGGGGUGUAGGGGCGGGGCAACUGCAGCAGCUGGUUGCGAGGGUGGAAUCACCGAUGUAACUGCUUAUGUGUGGCCGUUGCUGCGUUGUAGUUGAGAACUUGGGAUCGUCUGUAAGUGUGCUGUUGCUGCUGCUGCUGCUGGUCGCGUGCGUGGUGUGCGAGAGCCCAUGCUUUUGUGUAAAUUGUUACUUGAACUACGUAUUUGAAAGGCUGCAGUCUGACCGCGAGGCAGCCGCCGGGAGGUAUGCAUAUGGUAUGGGGGCGAGCAGGACGUGUGCAUGGGUGCCAUGUGGUGUUGCAGUGAGGUCACGAGGCAUCGAUGCAUCUAUCCUGCAUGUAUGUCAAGGCAAUGAGCAAGGGGGCAUGGGCCUGCGUGGGCCUGGUCCACCAGCCGGCCGUUGGAUGGAGUCUUGAGGUAGCAGCCAUGCAGGGGUGUACGCUCUGGUGCUAGAUAGCCUUUCUGCUUGUGAGGUACAUACAAGGGGGCCAUGUCCGAGGGGCGCAUCCGAUCCCCGCCCGCCCGCCAAGGCUGAGCCAACCUCCCGCCAGGUAGACGAGGAAAGUAACGGUGAUACCAUGAGCGUGACCUUUGGAACACAAUUGACCCCAAACACGGGCACAGUCGCAACUUUCAACUAA